UAGCUGAAACAACGAAAUUUCUAUUAGUAGGGUAGAGGUGCAUUAUAUAACGAAGCAUUAUAUUCAAAGUAAUCGAGAAUGAUAGAAAGAGAGAGAAAGUGAAAGAGAGAUGGUGAACACCGUGAGUUGCUACAUGUCCAUUUUACACAAAAUGAUGAAAUUAGUAGGGAUGCAAUCUAAGGAUGUGGAGAUAGAUCAAGGAACAGUUAUUCAUUUUUGGGUUAACAAUAAUAAUGACGACAACGACGAAGACAACAACAACAACAACCCGAAGAAGAAGCAUCCGCCUUUAGUUCUUAUACAUGGUUUCGCAGGUGAUGGCAUACUAACAUGGCAAUUCCAAGUUUUAGCCCUAAGAAAAAAGUAUGAUCUUUAUAUACCCGACCUCCUCUUUUUUGGUGGAUCUUAUACAACAAGUGACACUAAGAUAACUCCAAGAUUUCAGGCAGAUUGUUUUGCAAAAGGGUUAAGGAAAUUGGGUGUUGAGAAAUGUGUGGUGGUCGGGUUAAGUUAUGGUGGGUUUGUUGGGUUCCAAAUGGCUGAACACUACCCUGACUUGGUGGAUUCGAUGGUGGUUACCGGUUCAGUUUUGGCGUUGUCUGAGUCCAUAAGUAGUAAGGCUUUGGAAAGGAUAGGGUUUAAUUCUUGGCCGGAGUAUUUGAUGCCUAAUUCUGUUGAAGGUGUCAAAGUUCUUCUUGAUAAAGCUUCUUAUAGCUUUCCUUGGAUGCCUAAAGUCUUCUUUAAACACAUUUUUGAGGUCAUGUUUGGCAAUAGGAAAGAAAGAGUUGCAAUAUUAGAGGCUCUUGUGGUCAAAGAUGAGCAUGUCACCAACCAUCAAUUUCGACAGAGGAUUCACUUACUCUGGGGCAACGAUGACAAAAUUUUCAACAUGGAAGUGGCAAACAACUUGAAAGAGAGAUUGGGAGCCGAGACUAAUUUGCAAGUGCUAAAGAAGGCUGGUCACUUAGCUCCAUUGGAACGACCGUGUGCCUUCAACAAAUGCCUCAAAAAGUUGUUGGACUCCUUGGCUAUUGCCUAUUGAAAAGUGAUCAACAACAAAUGCCUCAAAAAAUUAUUUCUAAUUUUUCCAUAUAUAUAUAUAUAUAUAUAUAUAUAUACUCCCUCCGUUACAUAUUACUCGCAAUAUUUUAUGUCUCACAAAUAAUACUCCUUUGUUGCGAGUAAUUCGUAACGAGGAAGUAUAUAAAUUUAGUGAGAAUUUACGAUAAAAUAUUAUAAAAUUAUACUUCAAAAAAAGAAAAUAGUGUAAACAAUUAGGAAGCAUGUAUAUGCAAAUGAUGGGUUGAAAGUCAUUAGUCAAGUAUGAGGCAUAGCCAGAGUAUGAAUAGUCAAUUGAAUGGAUAGAGAUAGCUAAUAAGUACUUAUCACUCACGCAACAAGUACUCCAUAUUAAAUAUUUAAUUCUUAAUUUUGCAUAUAUAAUAUGUCACUUAGCAAAAUAUCAAGAAAUUCUAUAAUAUAGCUGCGAUUAAUGAUUCAGGGAAUAUUCCGUUUUAUUGAAAUCAAUUGAACUUAAUUGAACCGAUUGAGGCUGAAGACGAUGAACUGAACUGAAUAGAGCUGAAAUAAAUUGUUUAUGAGAGAAAAAAAAAUGAGGAAUUGAAUUGAACUGAACUGAUUGUAGCUAAAUUGAAUUGAAUUGAAAUUAAGCUGAACAGAAUAGACCCUUAGUGAUACAAAAGUUUUUACAAUUUUUCUUAAGUGAUAUGAAAUCCUAUAAUUAAAUCCCAAAGAUUUUAUAUAAAGUGAGAUGAUAUACAUGAUCCCAUCUCAUCUUUGAAGAAUUAUGUAUAAAAUACUCUUAUAUUCAUACUCUUCAUCUCUCACAAAGUUAAUAUUUUAAGGUGCAAUUUUAAAAUAGUCAAUAAAGAAAGAAAACAUUAUACGUAACUACUUAUUAUUGGACAGGUCGACCAUGAUAUAGUGUCUUGAUCCGAGAAAUUGUCAAUGGGAUUAAAAUAAAGCAUCUCAUGUUAUGUUCAAACAUCAUAUAGUAUUACUUCAUUUCGAAGGUUGUUUACGCAUGCAUUAGGCUUAGGCCACCAUAACAAUAUACAAAGUAUAUUUGUGCUUCUUCAUCUUUCAAAAAAAAGAUUUUAAGAUACAAAAACCAAAACCAUGGUACAUCAACAAAAAAUUCCAGCAAUAAUUCUGAAAUUAGCCUUUUCAUUAAUCUUGCUACAUUGUUUCUGUAAACCAGUUACCUCUGAAUCAAUUAUCAAUAACAUGUCCUUCUCUUGUAUAUUAGCUACAAAUGCAAGUAUUUCCUAUCAAAACAACGUCAACAGCCUUUACUCCGCCUUCACCACCCACGCCUCGCAAACCGGCUAUUACUUCACCAGCGCCGGGGGCCAACCCGACAUCGUAUACGGCUACUACAUGUGUCGUGGUGAUCUCUCUUCCGAUCACUGCGACAGUUGUAUAGUCAACGCCGCAAAAUUUGCUCAAGAAACAGAUUGUAAACAUAAAGACGGCCUUUUCGAUUCUGACGAGUGCAUCUUUCGCUAUGCUAAUCACUCAAUGUACGGCCUAUUAGAACCGGCCGCAAGUAUUACUAUUGGGGCACCCACGGCGAAAGUGUCAAACUACAAGCAGUACAACCAUACAUUAGGGAUAUUGUUGGAAACGCUGAUUAGUGAAGCAGCAUUUGGAAAUGGAUCGUCGUCGAAUGUGCCGGGUUUCGCCACCAGAGAAGCGGAUGUUACAAGUGAUGAAACAAUUUAUGGUUUGGCUCAGUGUACGCCUGAUAUAGUUGGAGUUAAUUGUAGCAAGUGUUUGAGAUUUGGACUUUCAUCUUUAAGGUCUUGUUGUGAUGGUACUCAAGGGGCGCAAACUAUUAGGCCUAAAUGUUUGCUACGAUAUGAUAAUCGUACGUUUUAUAAUACUAUGGAUUCUAAUGCUUCUCCUUCUAGUACCCAAGAAAGGUUGAAGUACACCAUUUUUUUGGUUAUGAUUUCUUCCUUUUUAAUCCUGGUUGUAGGUGGCUGAAUUGUUCUAGAAAAUUAGAGUAUUUGUGAUUCAUAUUUAUGUAAAACUUAAACACCUACUAGCUACAGCCUACUACAAGUUAUGGAGUAUUUAGAUUUUUCAUCAUUGUUAUUUUAUACUCCGUAAUUCCUGAGUUCUUUUUUACUUAACCCGUUUUGAUUUUUAACUA